GGAGCAGCGUUUCUUGCUAGGCAGGAAAACACACAGCCAAAGUGAAUUGUAACCGCGUAAUUUCAACUUUGUGUAAUGGACGGGCAUGUAGCGGCGACUGCAGAGUAAACACUGCCGCAUGGUUUGUGUUUUUAAGCGUAACUUUGUCUCAAAAACCACCAGGUUUCACAUUAUUGUAACGUUAGUUUCCCAAACGGUGCGCGGCGUCACAAUCAGGACGAGUUGCUUUUCUGUCCCCAACUAAAACUUAGUACGACGACUCCCCAAGACCAGUAAAAAAAAAAUGCCAUCGAGAAACCAUCUCGACAAAAUUGGGAGGAAGAAGAAGAAGAAAUGGACAGAGGAGGCGAUGGAACGCGCACUGAUCGAAGUGAAGUCGGGGAGGUGCACGGUGAGACAGGCUGCCAAAGAGUUUGGAGUCCCUAAGUCUUCACUGGGAGACAGAGUCAGUGGACGGGUGACACCAGGGAGUCGCAGCGGGCCAGCUCAGCUCAUAACAUCUGCUGACGAGGAGCUGUUAGUGGAGUUCUCCUUAUACAUGUCCAAGCAUGGAUUCCCGCUUACUAAGCAGCAGCUGGUGUCCUUCGCCUCAUCCAUUUAUAAGCGGCAGCAUCGGAGGGUGGCAUUUUCCAAACUGGGCCAGACCUGGUGGCUCAAUUUUAGAAAACGGCAAGAAAAUAAUAUUACCAUUCAGCCAGCAGACAGUGUUGUCCGUGGGAGGACAGUAUGUGUGAGGAAGGAAGCAGUGGAUCAGUUUUUUCAUUUACUGAGCACUGUCAUGGACGCCCAUGGGCUCAGAGACAAGCCUCACCAAAUCUUCAACUGCAAUGAGACAGGCUUUCAGCUGGGCAGGAAGAGGGUGAUUCUCCCCAAACCUGCCAGUCUGGGCUACAAGCCAACGCCAGGCUUGAGGGACCACAUCUCCGUCCUGGCUUGCUUUAACGCAGCUGGAGAGGACAUUCCUCCAUUUAUUAUCUACUCAAAGGCCUAUCCAGGGGGUGUAUGCUACAAAACACAAGGGCCACCAAAUGCCCUCUAUGGAUGGUCAGACUCAGGAUGUGUCAACUCUGACCUCUUCAAGAAAUGGUUCCUCAAACAUUUUCUUGUUCAUGCACCGAAAGAGCGCCCACUGCUGCUGAUUUUUGACGGCCACAAGUCGCCUGUGAACCUUGAGGUGGUGGAGGCAGCUCGUAAGGAGGACGUCGUCCUUCUGUGCCUUCCGCCUCAUUGCUCUCACAUCCUGCAGCCGCUCGACGCGGGCCUCUUUGUGCUCCUGAGGCAGCGUUUUGCUUCACUCAUAGGCGAUGACUGUGCCGCUGAUUCGCACUUCGCAAUAAGCAAGAAGAAGUUCUCAGGUGUAUUUAAAGGGACUUAUCAGUUAACGAAGGAAGAGGAGGGUGUUCGGAUUGUCAAGGAAGGCUUUCAGAAAUGUGGUAUCUACCCACUGAACCACUUUGUCAUCAACGAGGGUCAUUUAAUGCCAUCACACAGCAUGGACCCAGCAGCUGGACCCUCUUUGUCUGUAUCAGCACAGGGAGUGCACACUGUAGGAGACCUCACAGCAGCUGGACCCUCUUUAUCGGUAUCAGCACAGGGAGUGCACACUGUAGGAGACCUCACAGCUGCUGGACCCUCCUUGUAGCUCAUUAAGACAGUCAGCCAUCAGUACCUCUGAGGAAAGAGUCUUC